AGGAGACCACAGAUUGGAAGGUGAAUCCGUGGGUGGCUCAGACAGGCGUUUAGUUGGGACACCUCGUGGGGUCCUUUCUCGCUGCCGUCGCAGGAGGCGGCUUCCAGCUCCCGGCGAAGGCCGACUUGCUUCCAGGUCCCCAGUCCGCUGAUUCAUGAUUUUCUGCCGUUUCUUGGCAAAAAUGGCAACCAAUGAUGCUGUUUUGAAGAGACUGGAACAGAAAGGUGCAGAGGCAGAUCAAAUUAUUGAAUAUCUUAAACAGCAAGUUGCUCUUCUUAAGGAAAAAGCAAUUUUGCAAUCAACUUUGAGAGAAGAGAAGAAACUUAGAGUUGAAAAUGCUAAAUUGAAGAAAGAAAUUGAAGAGUUGAAGCAAGAGCUAAUUCAAGCAGAAAUUAAAAAUGGAGUGAAACAAAUACCAUUUCCAUCUGGUACUCCACCGCAAGCUAAUUCCACGGUUUCUGAAAGUGUAAUCCAAUUUAUACCAAUCACACCCAUAUCUUCUGGUGCCAAAGGACAAGUAAAAGGAGGAGAAGGAGAAGAAAAGAAGGUGAAAGAGAAACUUGAAAAGAAAGGAGAGAAAAAGGAAAAGAAACAACAAUCAGCAGGAAGUGCUGACUCUAAACCAAUAGAUGUUUCCCGUCUGGAUCUUCGGAUUGGUUGUAUCGUCACUGCUAAAAAACAUCCUGAUGCAGAUUCUUUGUAUGUAGAAGAAGUAGAUGUUGGAGAAGCCGUCCCAAGAACAGUUGUCAGUGGCCUGGUGAACCAUGUUCCUCUUGACCAGAUGCAAAAUCGGAUGGUGAUUUUACUUUGUAACCUAAAACCUGCAAAGAUGAGGGGAAUACUAUCUCAAGCAAUGGUAAUGUGUGCUAGUUCACCAGAGAAAGUUGAAAUCUUGGCACCUCCUAUCGGGUCUGUUCCUGGAGACAGAAUUACUUUUGAUGCUUUUCCUGGAGAGCCUGACAAGGAGCUGAAUCCUAAGAAGAAGAUUUGGGAGCAGAUUCAGCCUGAUCUUUACACCAAUGAUGAGUGUGUGGCUACAUAUAAAGGAGCUCCAUUUGAGGUUAAAGGGAAGGGUGUGUGUAGGGCUCAAACUAUGGCCAACAGUGGAAUAAAAUAAAAUUACAUCAAUAUUCUUCAUUUACUGAAAUGCAUUGGAAAAAAACUUUGAUGCCAAUAAAAAGAAAUACAUUUGUCACUUAUGCCUAAAA